AUGGAAUACGUUCCUAAAAAAUGGAAACGAGCCCAAGUGUUCAUGGUACUUAAUUCAGGAAAACCACCAGAACAAGUAACUUCAUAUAGACCAAUUUCGCUUCUUCCUAGCAUCCCAAAAUCAUUCGAAAAACUAUUUCUAAAACGCUUAAAACCUUUGAUAGAAGAAAGACAGCUUAUACCGGAAUAUCAGUUUGGAUUUCGAAAUAAACACUCAUUAAUUGACCAGGUCCAUCGUAUCACUAACGUAAUAAGCAAAGCGCUUGAAGAGAAAAAUUAUUGCUGCGGUGUAUUCCUUAACAUGGCUUUCAAGCUUUCGAUAAAGUUUGGCACAAAGGAUUACUUAUAAAACUACGUAAACAGCUGCCACACACUUGGUACGCACUUUUCGAAUCCUACCUGACUGAACGUCAAUUCAGGGUCAUUCAUGAAGAAGCAUUAACUGAUUGGAAAAACAUAUCGGCAGGUAUACCUCAGGGAAGCGUCCUUGGACUAAUCCUGUACUUACUUCACACAGCGGACAUUCCAACCAAUAACUAUUCAAUGACAGCCAUGUUUGCUGAUGACACGACAAUAAUGAUAACAAAUGAAGACCAGCCGACUGCGACUGAUUGGCUUCAAAGGUCCAUCAACAACGUUUCCAACUGGACGAAACGUUGGAAGAUUAAAAUUUAA